AAAAAAAAAUCUGGCGCUUUUCGCCGUCUUCUUCCAGCUUCUACGGCAAGACUCUUCGUCUUCGUGUUUGGUAUCAUACUCAUACAUUCGCCAUACUCUGUAUACAUAAAGGAUUUAUUCUCUCAUACUCUGCAUUUUCUGGAGAAGACGAAGAAAGCUUUGAGCAUCGAAGAACGAUGGGCGACAUAAGACACUUGGAGAGGAUGGGAAGAGAACUCAAGUGCCCGAUUUGCUUGAGUUUGUUGAAUUGUGCAGCUUCACUUACAUGCAACCAUGUGUUCUGCAAUGCUUGCAUAGUGAAAUCUAUGAAAACAGAUGCCACCUGCCCAGUUUGUAAAGUUCCUUACCAUCGUCGAGACAUCCGUGCUGCCCCUCAUAUGGACAGCUUGGUUGGUAUCUACAAGAGCAUGGAGGUUGCUUCUGGGGUUAAUAUAUUUGUAAGCCAGAAUAUCCCAUCCUCAAAGAAUUCAUCAGAUAAAGAAAAGCAUGCCGGAACAGAUUCCAAGUACUCCCAAAAGGUAACAAAUGAAAUUUGUCAGGUUGCAAGCAAGGGGCGAACAUCCAAGGGCAAGGGGCCUAGAAAGAACGAGAAGGAAAACCUAGAUGCAGCUGGACCUAUUGUUCUAAAACCUUCGUCUCAAACCAAGAAAAGGGUGCAGCUACCGCAGCAUCCGUCUUCUGAGAAUGCAACCAAAUUUGCAGAAUCUACUGGAAGAGUUGGCAUAGUCAAGGAUGAUACUACAAAGACUUUGAUUUCUUCGAAUGAGGAUGCUUCUCCAAAUAAAGUUGGGAAGUUGUCACUUUCACCCUUCUUUUGGUUAAGAGAUGAGGAUGCCGAGGAGAACAUCAGUCAGUUUACAGAAAGUGAUGAUUUGUAUUGUACACCUGUUGAUGUUCCUUCAUUCAGUGAUUUGAAGGACUCAGAUCACGAGAGCCCAACAAAGGGAGAUGAGCAGGAAAACCCCGCUCCAAUGGACAUAUUUGACAGUGAAAUGUUUGAAUGGACACAGAGGCCUUGCUCACCUGAGAUUCUACCAAGUCCAGUGAAAGCCAAGGUCCCUGAUAGCAUUGAGUCUGAUCAAAGUGGAAGGAAAAUUUCUAAGGUAGCAUCAGGAAAAUCGACAAACAGAAUGCAUGAAGCAAAAAGUGCAAGAAAUAAAAACGCUAUGCUAUGUUCUGGGGUUUCAAAAGUAUCACCUGCAGGUAUGAAUCUUGGUGAUAAACAAGCUAUUACUGGCGCAUCUAACCAGAGAAAUCGGAACCCUAAAAAAAAUGCCAAAGUCAGUCGUGCUAAACAAAGUAAGGAUCAUGGUUCAGGAGUUCAAAUGGGUGUAGCAACAUCUGAAGAGUCUGAUGGGAAAGUUGGUGUAAUAGAUGGCAAGAAGGGGACAAAAAGAAAAAGGUCAAUCUCUAAAGCCUCUGAAGAUCAGCCAGUAGCUAGAUCUAGUGAUUUAGGCAAUGGGGAUCAGAAUCAGAUCCAGGGUUUAUCUGAUACAGAGUCUGGGAAGCAAACUUCUGGCAAUUUCUGUAAGAAAAAGAGGGAGAGAAAAUUAAAUGCAAUAUCCCUUAGUCCAAUAGAUCUUUCCCAAAGCUUAGGGAAUCCGAGUGUGGUUGGCCUUGUAGGUGGACUAACAAAAGCUGGGAAGAAAAAAAGCAAAGCUAAAAAUCCUAAGAAGUGCUUAGCAUCUUCUGCCAGAACUGGCGAUACAGAUAUUCUAGCCUCUAAUGAGAAUUCGGCAAAAAAAGUCUCAACACUUAGGCCAAGCAUGACUUCCAGCAGACGUAGGCAAUCAAACCGAAAUGGCAUCUUUAGAGAUGAGCUGACUCAUGUUGAUCAAGAUGGUGAUGGAUAUGAGUCCAAGAACAGAAAGAACUCUACUGAGGAUGAAGAUAGUCAUACCACAAAAGUUCGACAGAAUUGUUCGGAGCCUUCUGGGCAUGAUCUGCCUUUGCGCCGAUGUGAAGUUCUUGCAAAUAAAUUUCCAUGCGCCUUUUGUCAUUCUUCAGAGGAUUCAGAGGCUUCAGGUGAGAUGGCUCACUACUACAAAGGCCAGCCUGUUUCAGCAGAUUAUGAUGGUGGGUCCAAGGUCAUACAUGUACAUAAAAACUGUGCUGAAUGGGCCCCAAAUGUUUAUUUUGAGGAUUUUACUGCAGUCAACCUAGAAGCUGAGUUAACUAGAAGCAAAAGAAUAAGUUGCAGUUGCUGUGGGCUUAAAGGUGCAGCCCUUGGUUGUUACUACGACAGCUGCAAAAGGAGUUUUCAUGUUUCUUGUGCAAAGUUGAUCCCAGAGUGCAGAUGGGACUCGGAUAACUUUGUUAUGCUGUGCCCCUUGCAUGCAUCCACUAAGUUACCUUGUGAAAAAACUUGUCCAAAACAAAGAAGACACAUGCCUUCAUCAGAAGGGCAACUGCACUCUCAGAGUAAUCAAGUAGCUGCUAAAAGUGGCACUGCACCUCAAGACAGACGUUUGCAUGGGCUAUCAAAGAAACUGAUUCUAUGUUGUUCAGGACUUGCACUUGAAGAGAGGGCUGUGGUUUCUGAAUUUUCAAGCCUUCCUGGAGUUGUGGUCUUGAGAAAAUGGGAAUCCCGUGUUACACAUGUCAUUGCAUCAACUGAUGAGAGCAGAGCAUGCAAAAGGACCCUCAAGGUCCUGAAGGGCAUCUUGGAGGGCAAAUGGAUUCUAAGCAUUGAUUGGGUUAAGGCCUGUUUGAAGGAUAUGAAAUACGUGAAUGAGGAACAAUAUGAGAUUGCCACGGAUGUUCAUGGAAUUCAGGAUGGUCCACGUCUUGGAAGAGAAAGAGCCAUGAACAAGCAACCGAAGCUUUUCGAUGGUUUAAAGUUCUAUAUCACUGGAGACUUCGAUCCAGUUUACAAGGGCUAUCUGCAAGACCUGGUUGUAGCUGCUGGAGGAUCAAUCCUGCGCAGACGGCCCAUUCCACCACUGGCAACUGACUUGGUCACUUUGUCUGAAUCUUCGACAAUCAUAGUAUAUAGCCUUGAACCGCCAGAUAAUAUCGACCCCGACAAGAACGGGACUCUGAUGAGCCGAAGGAAAUCUGAGGCUGAAGCCUUGGCAAAAUCUGCAGGAGCCGGAGCAGUGAGCAGUUCAUGGAUCAUGGAUUCCAUUGCUGCUUCCAAACUGCAGGGUCUCCAUUAGUCCAGAUCUUCUGGGUUCUUUCCAUGGAGACCGUAUUACAUUUGAUGUGAUAAUUUAGAUAACAACUGAAAUGUGAAAUAUCAUGUUCUUUAAAGUUCUGUCCACUGUAAGAAACUGCGGUACCCAGUUCUUGAAACAAGCUCUCCAAAGCUAAAAGCCUAAAACCUCGCCUUCAAGAUUCAUGUCUGUAAUUUCUUCAUUAGUUGAUGUCGAAUUGUUGAUGCUGAUGAUGAUAAUUUUCUGUUUAUGUACCAAAUUUGUUAUUUCUUCAUUAUUAGUUUUUAA